UCUCGGUCAGUUAGCUAGCCAAGCUGAUUAGCCUGCUACUACAAGCUAAUGUUUGUUGGAUAUUUAUCGUUAGCAGAAUUUGAGUAAAUGAAACAAAGAGUAUAGAAAAAUGGCGGACGUCGAGGGAGAGGGAAUUUGUUCGUCGGUCCCUCCGUUACCUCACCCUUCUUCGCGUAACGGCUCCGGUAGCGGUAACGUUACACCGGGCAGCUGCCAGGCAACCACCGUUACAUCAGGCCCACGGCUGGUGCAGAUAGUGAAGUCUGACUCGGGAUAUGGCUUUAAUGUUCGGGGACAAGUCAGUGAAGGUGGGCAACUACGGAGCAUUAACGGAGAACUGUAUGCUCCCCUGCAACAUGUCAGUGCUGUCCUACCGGGAGGAGCCGCCGACAGAGCCGGUAUUUCCAAGGGCGACAGGAUUCUCGAAGUAAAUGGUGUAAAUGUAGAGGGAGCGACCCACAAGCAGGUGGUGGACCUGAUCCGGGCCGGAGAGAGGGAGCUGGUGCUGGCCGUGCUGUCCGUCCCGCCCCAGGAGGCCGAGUGCCUCGAUCCCGGAGACGACGUUUCAGCCCUGUCCUGCUAUGACUACUCCGACAAGCAGGCUGUCCCCAUCUCUGUCCCGAGCUACAAACACACAGAGCUCAACCAGGAAAAGUUUGUGGUAUAUAAUGUAUACAUGGCAGGCCGGCAGCUAUGCUCUAAGCGUUACCGUGAGUUUGUGAUCUUACACCAAAAUCUGAAGAGGGAAUUUGCCAACUUUACCUUCCCAAAACUGCCUGGGAAAUGGCCUUUUUCACUGUCGGAGCAGCAGCUGGACGCGCGACGCAGGGGUCUUGAGGAAUACCUAGAGAAAGUGUGCUCUGUACGGGUAAUUGGCGAGAGUGACAUCAUGCAGGAGUUCCUGUCUGAAUCAGAUGAGAACUAUAAUGGCGUGUCAGAUGUGGAGUUAAGAAUAGCCAUGCCCGACAAAACUACGCUAACCGCCAGAGUUCGUAAAAACUCCACUACAGACCAGGUGUACCAGGCUGUGGUUAUGAAACUAGGGAUGGACAGUGUAACAGCCAGCUACUUCGCUCUGUUUGAGGUCAUCAACCACACCUUCGUGCGAAAGCUUGCCCCCAACGAGUUCCCUCACAAGCUCUACGUACAGAACUAUACCUCAGCCAUCCCAGGAACCUGCCUCACCCUGAGAAAGUGGCUCUUCACUACUGAAGAGGAGAUUCUGCUCAAUGACAACCAGCUUGCUGUCAACUACUUCUUUCACCAGGCUGCUGAUGAUGUGAAGAAAGGUUUCGUCAAAGCAGAGCAGAAGUCCCACCAGCUGCAGAAGCUGGCGGAGCAGAAGAAGAUGUCUAUGUAUCUGAGUUUGUUAAGGGGUUGCGAGGGCUACAAUGAGAUCCUAUUCCCACACUGUUCCUGCGACUCGCGACGCAAAGGCCAUGUCAUCACAGCCAUCAGCAUUCACCACUUCAAGCUGCACGCCUGCACCGAGGAAGGGACACUCGAGAACCAGGUGAUUGCAUUUGACUGGGGUGAGAUGCAGCGGUGGGACACAGAUGAAGAGGGCAUGGCCUUCUGCUUUGAAUAUGCACGAGGAGAGAAGAAACCACGAUGGGUCAAGAUAUUUACACCCUAUUUUAACUACAUGCAUGAGUGCUUCGAGAGAGUCUUCUGUGAGCUGAAGUGGAGGAAGGAGGUGGAAGAGGAGGCUACAGACAAGGACAAUAAGAACUGCAGUAAAGAUGGUAUGUGUGGCAAGAAUAUUUUCCAGCUGCUGAGGCACAGAAGGGAUGGAGGCACCUAGGAAGGGAGAUUGUUACCUCUUAACUCAACACCGCCACCGGCCCUCAUCUAGCCCCGGACGCAGCUACGCUCAGCUAUUAACUACCUGGUCAUCCUUUACACUUCAUCAGCUACAACCUAAAAGCUACCCCCGAUAAAUGCAAACCAACAAGCACCUGCAAAUCGAAUAAACCGAAAUAUAAAAAGCUACAGACACAUGAACCAGAACUCUUGAAUCCAGCGCACCAUAAUCACGCAUAAGCAGAACUCUGUCCAAACUUGGAUUCAUGCAGGCCUUCUUCUUAUUGGCCGGGACUUGAAGUGGAAUGUGACUUGUACGUGGGGAGGUUGUUAGCCUCCUCUGAAGUAGUCCUACCGGGAAGAGCAAGCUGGAGUGAAUAAGGAAAUAUUGUGGGACUAACAAGGAAAAGUGUUAGUGCUCGCAAAGGGGAACACAGAUAACACUGAUCAGCAAGAAUGAGGGUUGACCACAGGAAGACUCAGUGUGUCCAUUUACGGCCAGUUGUUAGCGUGCAGGUGUGUUUGUGCAUGUUAAUGCGUGCUGGGGGCCCCAAAAGGCAAGGGUCCGACCAGAGUGAGGCCCUCAGAAUGUAAGUCAUCGUUUAAUUAUGUCGCAUACAAACAUUUUCAUUGAUUUGUUGACCAGUUUGCAUCUAUAAAACAAACCUAUUAACAUUGUAAUGUGACAGAAGAGAGAGAGAGAAAGUGGACAUGAUGUAAAAUAGUUUUUUUCAUUCAGAGACAUAGCUGUGAUGACUUGACACAAGCAGGAACGACUUUACAUUUCAAACUAAUGUUGCACUUUAUCCGACAGUAUUAACAGCCCCCUAAUGUGGGAGAUGUAACCGAAGAAGCAGAUUGGUUUACAUUCAUUUCUGACUGAAUUACAACAUUAUUGUUAUCCACUGCAUCAUCAGACGACAUGUGCAGUGUGCAGAGCCAUACAUUCACCUUUUUUGUACUUAUAGUAUUAUGUGAACACUACAUGUUCAUAUUUUGAGACCAUUGUAGAGCAGCAGUGAUCAGACAGUGGAGUACAAUAUGUUGAGCAUGCAUUCCCCAUAAGAGACAGCAGGGGUCCUUCUCCUCCUUCUGCUCUUUAACAGGCACUGAUUACUUUGCUCCUGAAAGCUCCCAAGGGGUUUAUAAUAGGCCUGUAAUUCAAAAGGCCUUUCUAAUUGGAGCACUAUUUAUCUCUGUUGCUGGAACUUCGCUGUACUGUUGAACUUCUCAUGCACUCCAGAUUCAGGUUAAGUGGGAAGAAGAUUUUUAUUCGCAAAAAAGGGCAGCUUGCACACUUCAUCAACGUUAUACAGAUAUGAAGAUAACGGCACAUUAACUAAAGGCUAGGUAUAAACCCAUCACACAGCUGCAGUGUAAUGAAGUAAACAGUGUAAUUCAAUGUCCCUCUAAAUGAGCAUAGCUAAUGUUCUCAUUCGUAGUAUAACGUAAUAAUAAUGUACCAGAAAGGACACUCAGAGAGAACAGACCUCCGCCAAGGUCGUUUACAUAAGUGAAAAUGAAUGUGUGUAUCCGCCUUGCGAUCCGGAUCCAAAAGGUGAAGGGUUCUUCCUUCAAACAAUUGAUAUGAAAAUUGCCUUGGGCCGGUAGUUUUUCUGACAAACUGACGAACCAAAAAUGUAACCUUCUUAGCAGAGGCAAUAAGCGAUAAACAUCAUUAUUUGAUCCAAUAGAGACUUCAGGCUGACAAUCAAAUACAUGUUUGUAAUCAUACGUUAUUACAUCACUAAACUCUGAACUGCUGACAUUAAAUGUUAAUAAUUGCCCAGUGUUAUGUUGGGAUAUUACUACCAUAACAUCUGAACUGGUUUAUCAUAUCAUGAACUCAUUUAGAAAGCCAAUUUAAAAGAUCUUGCUUAACUCAAAAGCUGCUUCAUGUUUAGUCCAAAUCAAUUCAUUUAAAAUCACAUGAAAAAUAUGUGUCCACUGUUAUGCAUUACAACAUGACAAACUUCAUGUUAUUUUCUUGUUUUAAAUGAGGUAAUCAAAUAAGUAUAAGAUGCCGGUGAAUGACAGUUAACCAUUAUUUAAAUAAUAUUUAGCCCUUACUACUAUUUAGCUCCUUAUGACAUUAUCAACAGUAUUCUUCUAUACUGCGGGCAAGUAAAGAGUCACAGAUUGAUUCUGAUUGGCUCUUGCUCAGAGGGCUUGUUAUAAUGGUGGUGCUGUUCACAAAAGCCGUUUUGGGUGAUUCAUGAGCUUCAGCAGACCCUGGUGGGUGUGUAAAGGAGGUUUAAUGAAUGUAUUGAGCCUUGAAUUUAGAGACCUGCGAUCCUAAAGUCUCAAAGCAUUUCCCAGUGUUCUUGUCCGCUUACUGGAGCGUAUCUGACGUGGUGGAUCCUCUGACAUUGUCUGAUCUGCCCACCUUCAAGUAUGCACUAAGCCCCCCUUCUUUCUCUCUCUCAUGCUGACUAAAGUUUAGUGUCACUAACAGUAUUUAUUUUAUUAAGAUAAUAUGUUCAUUUGAGCAUCCCUGUUGUUCAGUUUAUCACCUGAUGUAGUUUGGCUUUUGAAGAGUCACGCUAAGAAGAGGAUGGAGAUUGUCAACCCGCAGAUUCUUUGACAUGUUGAAAUGUAAAAUUUCAGAGAGAUUGUUUGGUUACGUCGCUUACUGUAAUAAAUUGUAACAUAUUCUUUUAAAUAAACGGAUUUAUUG